AAACCCUAAUUUUUUUGGCCGCUCCUCCCUUUCCUUCUGCCGGAGACCAAUCCUCCGCCAAAGCAUUUGGGAAUUUGCUGUUGUUUCAUCAAACCAAACGGCCUGCCCUUGGAGAUCGAUCUAGAAGAAGGGGAAAAUUAAUUUCCCGGAACCUUCUCGCCCUUGCAGCCGUACCAAUAGGAACUCGCCCCGAGAUCCAUUCAAUCCACUUUUCCUAAAAAUGCGCAAAUCGCUCCAAUUGCGACCUCAAAUGGCCUCAUCCAUCAAACCGUAGCAGACCGCCGUGUCGGCGACGAUGACGUUCCUGUUGACAGCCUGUGGCCUUGCCGUCCGCGGGGAAAUCGUGGAUGCUCCGGCGGCGAGCCGCGGCGGAAUUUGGGGCCUGCAUAAGCUCACUAAGUUGUUGCUGAUUGUAAAUGUUCAGAACGGUCUAGGGCCGAUCAGAGUGGUGCUCUCGCCGGAAAACACCUUCGGUGAUUUAAUCAAGGAGGCAAUUGAGUGCUAAGGAGAAGCGGCGGCCGUUGUUGCCUAGCCCUAACCUUGCGUGCUAUGAGCUUCAUGAUUCUCAAUUUAAUCUCCAGAAAAAUAUUUGGGUAUCUGUCCAAGCGUUGGUGAUUUCUUAGCCGGUGAUGCAUAUCUGAAUUAAUAACUCAGGGCUCUGCUU